UAAUUAUACGGAUGCAACACCAAAACCACUAUGCAACCCAAAGUAUUCAAAUGAUCUGGGAUCUAAGCUGUCCGUCCUCUACUACUUCAUGUUCAUCUUCAGUCUUGUAGGAAACAGCUUGGUCCUGGUCAUCAUCCAUCGGUUUGAGAGGCUAACCACGGUGACCAACAUCAUGCUGCUGAACCUGGUUAUCUCCUCCUUCAUAUUCAUGAGCAGCCUUCCUUUCGUAGCAGUUUACAUGCAGCUCCAAAACUGGAUUUUUGGCAACGCUGUAUGCAAGAUCAUCAGAAGCGUCUAUUUUCUGGGUAUCUACAGUUCUGUCCUCUUUCUGACUCUACUGACCUUUGACCGACACCUUGCUGUUGUUUAUCCUUUGAAAGCAUCAAGCGUGAGGAAUCCAAAAUAUGCCUUUUUCUCCUGUGCUGUGGUCUGGAUUGUCAGUGCCGUGGUUUGCAUCAGACCAAUGCUCCUCUACAGCACUUUCCCUGGUUUAGCAACGUACUGUGAAGUGCACCAAGGCAGCCUGUCUUUUGAUAUUGCGAAUAAACUGAUGGAAGCUGGGUUUUACCUUCAGCUAAUCUUGUUCUUCAUCUUCCCUGUCAUUGUUAUUGUCUACUGUUACCUUCGAAUUGGUUUUACCGUUAUGUCAUCCAGAAUAGUCUCCAAAUUCAAGACAGUCCGGCUGAUAUUUGUUAUUGUCCUGCUGUUUUUUAUCUCCUGGGCCCCAUUUAACAUCCUGACGCUGAUGGAGGCUAGAGUUACCAGUUGUGAUGAAAGACAGAUGAUUGAAUACAGGCUCCAAAUCACUCGCAACCUGGCGUAUCUUUACUAUUGCAUCAGCCCCCUCUUAUACACCUUUAUUGGGAGGAAAUUCCAAAACUACUUCAGACAGUUGAUGGUAAAAUACUUCCCGGCUUUGAAGAAGUACAUCUCCGUUACGGAAGUCAGCAGAACCAAUUUAUCAACUAAAAGUACAAGAAAUGAGCUUUAGGGAGUAAACACAAAACUACUUUUUACCCAAGUUCUACCUUAAUAGAAAAUGGAGGCCAACGUUUGAUGACUGACUCUCAGAAGGAAAUUUGAUUAAAAGCCAGAUAAACUUUGAAAUAAAAAGGAUGGGGAUUGCUGAAGAGGGUCCUAACAUUGAGGUUUUGGUAUAGAAAAGCUUGUAAGGUGGCUUUGGUGUGUAAAUAAGUGGUUGCAAAGAGAGGUUUUAUGUAAUAUCUUCCUGAAACAGCUGUAUGUUAAAAGAUUCCUUAGGAAAGGAACCUCACUUAUCCCUCAGCCUGUUGUUGCAGGACUGCUCAGAGCGGUUACCAUACUUUGUGGCACAUGUUCCAAUGGAUUCCCCAAUUGUUUUCCAAUCCAAUCUCAAGAUGGCAAUUUGACACGUCCUACCUCUGAUGGUAAAAGCUUUUUGAUAUUCGAAGAUGACAAGAAUGCCAUACAUGAAGUUUAAAGGGUAACCUAACAGGGAAGUUGGAGGCUGACUCCGCCCACAGCCGAAAUUUGAAAAUCCAGUCAGGGGGUGGGGCUUGGGAACAGGACUGUUAUCAUUACUGGAGCUGCAGAUCAUGAUGUGGAACUUCUGAAAUGAUGUGAGACUUAAAUGCCGAGAUCCCGAAAUUCAAAUGUAAUACCUCGUUUCAACCUGUAGGGGGCAGCACACGGUCAGUUUUUGACUAUAUUUACAAUAAUUCAAAAAGUUUAUUUUAAUUUGUCAAAAAUUUGGCAACGACCAACAGACAGCACUUUUAAAGCCCCGUUUAUAGAGGUAAAAAAAGUUGAUUUGGGUUUGGUGACCCUUUAAACUUUGACUCUGAUCAUCUUUUGAUCUAUUUCUAAAGUUUUUAGUCAUGAUUAUGCUUUUCUUAACCAAUAAGGAAAAAAAAUAUUGGUUUUAAGGAUAUAUUUCCUGCAGAGCGGCAGUAAGUCAUUAGAAAUCCCCUUAAAGUUGAGGGCGGGACCACUGACAUGGAGUAAACCUGCACUGACUUCCCAUCAUCCUUUCAUUCACAUUAUCUCCUGCUAGCUUACAGCCCCUCACAAUCCAAACCAAAAAAAAAAAAAUAAAUGGUAAGCAAUAUUAGAUCUAUCCAGUCCUGCAGUUUUGACCCAGAUUCAAGCCCAGACAAGGAAGACAUUCAUGGAUCUUUUUCUUCUGCUCCAGAUUUAAAAUAAUCUGAAUAGAGAAAUACUCAGGAAUGCAAAUUUAAGGUUAAUUUUCUUUCUAUAUGUCCACCAUGACAGAAUUGCCGCAAGAACCUAUUAUGAACACAAACACCAACAUUUUCAUUGUUGUGGGUCAUUAAGUAUAUCUGUUCCAAUAACCAUCUGCAGAUUUUUCCAUCUCAAAUAAUCAGGAAAAAUCCCUAAACAUAAAUGCUUGUAGUAAUACAUCAUUUUACUUUGUUUGAAUUGCAAAUUUCAUGCACUUAACUUUAAACUUUUACAGCUAAAAAACAAAAAGAAAAACAUUAUUUUUCAUCAACUUCUUCUCUUCUUUUGAUGGAUUUAUACAUAUCUCUCUUACAUUUUUAAGCCUUUGAAGUACUGAAGUUUGUUUUAAGUUGUUGACUGUACAGAGAAUAAGAAACUGCAUUAAAUGUAUCACAGUUGUUUUUUUAAUGUUUCAAAUAUAUGUUGGUUCUUUUGAUUGUUCUGUUAUUUUUUUUAAUAAACAUUUUUGUAAUAAACAUGCC